UUUCCGACAUGAUUAAAACAUCCGCGUGUACAUUUUGCCAAUUAAAUACAAGGCAUCGGCGCUUGCAUCCUACCAUUUAUCCACCGGUUCAUAUCCGCCAGUGUCGUGCACCGGUUUCGGACAGCGAAAUACCGCGUGCCUUCCCGGCUUGGAGAGCCUACAUACUGGCUCGGAACUUUCUUGCGCUUAAAACGCGAGCGUCCCGCAGUUUAUUCUGCAUUCAUCAUCAGUCGGUGAAAUGAAAACAUUCGCGACCCAGCCAGCGAAUCCGCUCUGUAGCCAGGAGCCCCGAUUACGUCAUCGGCGUGGGAUUACCUAAAUUUCCGCUUCGCCAGCUGCGGCAGAGGAAGGGAGACCACAAACGCUGUGGCCAGGGACCACCAGGUUCGGCUAGCGCUUGACGAUUGGGAAGAAUCACAGGAAAUUCCUCCCCAAACCCACAACCAACAUUAGAUCCGGCGCGCAGAUCUGUUUAGGUUUCAUGUAAUUGUGAAAGCUUCGCGUUCUUAAGCAAAUUUCGGUCGCAUUUGGCUCCUUUGAGCCUCGGAAAACUGUAGUGCGUAUCUAGAGUGCAUGCGCUAGCUAAGAGAACGCGAUUUGCAUAAACCUGACCUAGGUUCAUGCACACUACAAACCCGCACAACCAGACAUAGAUAACGCGAUAAGCAGGAUUGAUCAAAAUACUCAUCUCUGUUGCAUUAAAUUAACCAUUAUUUAAAAACGUAAACAGCUCGUCAUCCACGUCAUCGCGAAGGCCUUCAACGAGGAUCGGAUGGGAUUAGGCAAUUACAACCAAUGGCCACCAUAGACGGAAGACCAGCGCAAUAUGGUAUGUCCCUUAAGCAAUUGCGCGAGCUCAUGGAGCAUCGUGGCCGAGAAGGUGUAGCAAAGAUAGGAGAAUUUGGUGGUAUUCACGAACUAUGUAAAAAGCUAUACACAUCACCAAAUGAGGGUCUAAGUGGCUCGAAGGCUGACGAAGAGCACAGGCGGGAGACAUUCGGUUCAAAUAUAAUACCACCAAAGCCACCAAAAACUUUUUUGACACUUGUUUGGGAAGCCCUACAGGAUGUAACCCUUAUUAUUUUAGAGGUUGCUGCCUUAGUAUCGCUUGGCCUAUCAUUUUAUAAGCCAGCCGAUGAAGAUGCGCCUUUACUGCAAGAGGAGGAGGAGCAUCAUGGUUGGAUUGAAGGAUUGGCCAUCCUUAUCUCUGUUAUCGUCGUUGUGAUUGUAACAGCCUUUAAUGAUUACUCCAAGGAGAGGCAAUUCCGUGGUCUUCAAAGUCGCAUCGAAGGCGAGCACAAAUUUUCCGUUAUUAGAGGAGGCGAAGUCUGUCAGAUUUCUGUUGGUGACAUCCUCGUUGGUGACAUAGCUCAGAUUAAAUAUGGAGACCUGUUGCCUGCCGACGGCUGCCUUAUUCAAAGCAAUGACUUAAAGGUUGACGAAUCAUCCUUAACUAGCGAAUCUGAUCAUGUUAAAAAGGGUACUGACGUUGAUCCCAUGGUGCUCUCCGGAACACAUGUUAUGGAAGGCAGCGGAAAAAUGAUCGUCACAGCCGUUGGUGUCAACUCUCAGGCUGGAAUUAUAUUUACACUUCUUGGCGCGGCUGUUGAUGAACAGGAAGCGGAAAUUAAAAAAAUGAAAAAAGAAGCUAAAAAGGCCAUCAAGCAAAAGAGUCUGACAGGUGAGAGUGGAAAAGGGAGUCAACCCCCACCCCAAACUCAACAUCAAGCGGUUCAUAGCGAAGGAACUAAGUCAUCGGAAUCGGAGGGCAAUCAUGUCCCCCAAUCAUCAUCCUCAGCCACAGCAGCUGCGCCCGAAACUGGCCAUAAAAAGGAGAAAUCGGUGCUUCAGGCAAAGCUAACCAAAUUGGCAAUACAAAUCGGUUAUGCUGGAUCAACAAUUGCUGUACUCACAGUUAUUAUACUGAUUAUUCAAUUUUGCUUUAAAACUUUUGUAAUUGAUGAGAAGCCGUGGAAGAAUACGUAUGCUAAUAAUCUGGUGAAGCAUUUAAUAAUUGGUGUUACUGUAUUGGUAGUGGCUGUGCCAGAGGGAUUGCCUCUAGCAGUGACGCUUUCACUAGCUUACUCUGUUAAGAAAAUGAUGAAAGAUAAUAACUUGGUUCGUCAUCUGGAUGCCUGUGAAACGAUGGGCAAUGCCACUGCCAUAUGUUCAGAUAAAACUGGAACUUUAACCACAAAUCGAAUGACUGUCGUUCAAUCGUACAUUUGUGAGAAACUGUGCAAAGUAUUGCCAACUUUAAACGAUAUACCGCAGCAUGUGGGAAAUUUGAUAACAAUGGGAAUAUCUGUGAACUCUGCCUACACUUCCAAUAUUAUGGCAGGCAAAAACCCCGGCGACUUGCCCAUUCAAGUUGGCAACAAAACUGAGUGUGCUCUCUUGGGUUUUGUUCAGGCACUCGGUGUUAAGUAUCAAUCGAUUCGUGAUGAGAUUCCGGAGGAUAAGUUCACCCGCGUUUAUACUUUCAAUUCAGUCCGAAAAAGCAUGGGUACGGUUAUCCCGCGACCCAACGGCGGUUAUCGGUUAUAUACCAAAGGAGCAUCGGAGAUUAUUAUGAAAAAAUGCUCUUUUAUCUAUGGCCACGAGGGAACCCUAGAGAAGUUCACUCCCGAUAUGCAGGAGCGUUUAAUUCGUGAAGUGAUCGAACCUAUGGCAUGUGAUGGCCUGCGCACCAUUUCGGUAGCCUAUCGAGACUUUGUACCGGGCAAAGCGGCCGUAAACGAAGUUCACAUCGAUGGUGAACCCAAUUGGGACGAUGAGGUGAACAUAAUGACAAACCUGACUUGCCUCUGUGUGGUUGGCAUUGAAGAUCCAGUACGUCCCGAGGUCCCUGAUGCCAUCAGAAAGUGCCAAAGAGCCGGCAUUACGGUGCGGAUGGUGACGGGUGAUAAUGUAAAUACGGCACGCUCGAUCGCCAUUAAAUGUGGUAUUUUGCGUCCAAACGAUGAUUUCCUCGUACUCGAAGGGAAGGAAUUUAAUCGCCGGAUAAGAGAUAGCAAUGGAGAUAUUCAACAGCAUUUGAUUGAUAAGGUCUGGCCCAGGUUGCGUGUCUUGGCACGUUCAUCGCCCACGGACAAAUAUACUUUGGUGAAAGGAAUCAUUGACAGCACAGUUAGUGAAAAUCGUGAAGUCGUGGCAGUAACUGGCGAUGGUACAAAUGAUGGACCUGCACUGAAAAAAGCCGAUGUUGGCUUUGCAAUGGGCAUCGCCGGCACCGAUGUAGCCAAGGAAGCCUCCGACAUCAUCUUGACUGAUGACAAUUUCAGCAGCAUUGUCAAGGCUGUUAUGUGGGGUCGUAAUGUGUAUGAUUCGAUUGCAAAAUUUCUGCAGUUCCAGUUGACGGUGAAUGUAGUUGCUGUUAUUGUUGUAUUUAUCGGUGCGUGCGCUGUGCAGGAUUCACCACUUAAGGCGGUACAAAUGUUGUGGGUUAAUCUCAUCAUGGAUACAUUAGCCUCUUUGGCCCUUGCCACCGAACCACCAACACCAGAUUUAUUAUUACGCAAGCCUUAUGGUCGCACAAAGCCCUUGAUUUCACGCACAAUGAUGAAGAAUAUAUUGGGUCAGGCUUUGUAUCAGUUGGUCGUCAUAUUUGGCUUGCUUUUUGUGGGUGAUUUAAUACUCGAUAUUGAAUCAGGACGCGGACAAGAACUGAAUGCUGGCCCAACACAACACUUUACUAUUAUCUUUAACACAUUUGUCAUGAUGACAUUGUUCAAUGAGAUAAAUGCCCGAAAAAUUCAUGGUCAGCGAAAUGUUAUUGAAGGACUCUUUACCAAUCCCAUAUUUUGUACGAUCUGGAUAUUCACAAUGAUAUCGCAGGUAUUAAUUAUACAAUAUGGAGAAAUGGCAUUCUCAACCAAGGCUUUGUCGCUGGAUCAAUGGCUAUGGUGUAUAUUCUUUGGCAUUGGCACCCUGGUUUGGGGACAACUUAUAACCUCAGUGCCUACUCGAAAAUUACCUAAAAUAUUAUCAUGGGGGCGUGGACAUCCCGAGGAAUAUACAGAUGCCAUGAAUUUGGGAGAGGAGCGUUUCGAUUCAAUUGAUUCGGAUAAGAAGCCGAGAGCUGGACAGAUUUUAUGGAUUCGUGGCUUAACACGAUUGCAAACUCAAUUGCGUGUGAUUCGCGCUUUUCGCUCGACAUUGGAAGACCUAAACGAACGACGAUCGAUGCACAGCUUGCAUAGCUGCAGCAGCGUACAUCGCCGCAGCUCCCCUCUAUUAACGUGUCUGCUCCAAACUCCUCAACCCUGCCAAGCUUUUUAGAAAUUGCUUACAUUUUGAAACAACAACCGCAAAGCCAUUGUAAUAACACUGAAAACGAAACUCAACAACAAACUGCAAAAUAUACCAAUGGACAGAAUGAGACUCGAAUUUAAAAAAAUAAUUUAAACACUUAUAGAGCUGGGAAACAAACAUCGAGGUAUCGAAAUGUUUUCUUAUUAUUUUAGGUUUAUUCUUCUAUAUUAUUAUUCUAUAUUCUAGUUCAGUUAUUAUUGUUUCUUUUAUUAAAUGUCUUCUCUUUAAAUUUUUAUUUUACUUCUUUUUUUUUUAAGUAUGGCGGUUUUUUAUUUGAUAUUUAUUAACAGAUCAAAUUCAAAAUCUUAAUAAUGAUAGGCAAAAUAUCGCUAUAUCGAUGUUUCUACCAGCUUGAAAUUUACAUUCUUGCUAAAGCGCAAUUGCAUUUUGGAUUUAAACUUAAAUUGUAAUUGACUCCAUAAUUUAAGAAUUCCGUAUAAUACCGAACAAGAGACGACUGAACCAUGACAUUCUGAUAGAACUUGGAAUAUAUCGAUAUAACUAAAAACAGCGAAACAUUUUCCAUCUCUAUUUAAAAAUCCUUAAUAUCCCAAGAGCUCCCAACCGUGGUUUAGUUAAGGCAAUAAUUAAUGAUCCUUGAAAUUAUAAAUUCUUAUAUUCGUAAAACAAAAUUCCAAUCACUUAGCUAAUAAUUACCCGAUUGUACUGGACCUUAUUGAAUACAAUAUUUUCCCCGAAAAUGUAUGCACUUUAGUAUUAAAUAAAGCCUAUUUAUGUGAAAUUAAAAAAAAUGUUAAGCAUGCAAUUAUAAUAAUAUUAACUCUUAAUUUAAAAAUAACAAAAAAAAAAAUAAAUAAAUGUUGAAAAUGUAUUAUGUAGUAUACAUAUGUUACUAACAAAUAUCCAAUUCUAAUUUUUCUUUUAUUAUCUUUUGCUUCAUUUUUGUUUGUUCCUGUGAGUAUGAGAAUGACGUAAAAAUAUAAAUAAACUUUCUAAACAAUUA